AAGGCAAGGUUAAAGGUCACGAGCCUUCUUAAGGCGGGCAGGGUAGCCGUACACGCCUAGCGGAACGCUGUGUUACGUUUUGACGGGGGCUACUCUGUUUACACCGUCUUUUGUUCUCGUUAUUGUCCGAUGUGAAUGUCACACCGUUGCCAUGAUGUGGGAUUAGAACCAGUGUAUUCACGAACACCAUCUGGGGUGUCACAACAUACCAACACGGGGGGUGGUGGUUGUGCCACCAUCGGAUCCCCGAUCCACACAGACAGACAAAAAUGGGGAUCCUAAUUUCUUACCAACGUCUCGAAGACGAUCAACUGCGGGUUAGUUUUGUGGCCUGCCAAGUCGUGGCACUGCUCCUCUCACUUGUGUUCCGUUAUGUCCUGAGCGCGGGGCGGGUGGGCGUCACGGCGCGGCACGUGUUCGCAGCGGCCGUCGGCAUGUACAUGGCAUACUUCUGCCAUAGGUGGCAAGUGAUCCACUUUCUCACCCAGUCUACAGUAUGUUACAUCAUCAUCCUCUCCUCCAAACCCAGCAACAUGCACAAAUAUGUCUUCCUGUUCUCCAUGCUGUACUUGACAUUGUGCCACAUCUACAGAACCUACUACAACUUUGGGACUUACACACUAGACUUCACAGGCCCACUGAUGAUCAUGACCCAGAAGGUCACCAGUUUGACCUGUGCCCUCCAUGACGGCCUGUACCGUGACGACAGCAGCCUGUCAGCUGACCAACGGAAGCAAGCUGUCCGCCCCCUGGAGUACUACAGCUACGUGUUCUACUUCCCGGAAGUCCUGGCAAUUGAUUUUAACCCUUUUCCACCCACAGAUGACCUGAUCAUCGCUGCUCCCCUCCUGACCAGGUUUGGUUAUCUGCAUCUCAGCAUCAUGAUGGCUCGAACCAAGUACUACUUUGCCUGGUCACUGGCGGAUGCGGUCGCUAACGCAGCGGGAUUAGGAUUCAACGGGUACGACGAAAACGGGAAUCCUCGCUGGGACCUCAUCUCCAACCUCAACAUCUUAAAGAUUGAGUUUGCCACCAGCUUAAAGAUGUUGAUUGACAACUGGAACAUCCAAACCUCCCUGUGGCUCAAGAGGGUGUGCUACGACCGUGCCCCCUCCCAACCCGUCCUGAUGGUGUACGUUCUGUCAGCCAUGUGGCACGGUUUCUACCCAGGGUACUACUUCACUUUCCUGGGGGGAGCAGUCAUGACUCCAGCUUUUAGGAAGAUGCGGCAUCACCUGAGACACCACUUCCAGGGCACGGCGCGGCUUCGACAGUUGUAUGACGUCAUCACGUUCACGUCCACACACUUCUUCCUGAACUACACUGUACUGCCCUUCGUGCUCCUGGACUGGGAACCCACCAUGAAGUUCUACAGGUCACUGUACUUCUCCAUACAUAUCAUUGUCCUGUUGGUGACUGUCCUCCUACCGUACAAGAAGCAGCCACAGCCACAGUACGCGGCAACGAAGACCAACGGCGUACGGACUGACACGAAUGGCAUGGUUGGAGACCACACAGGGUGCAACGGGACAAAAAUAAACAACAACAAGGUCGAGAAUGGAGACAUACAUGUAGGGCAUCAGGGUCAGAACGGUACAUGGUCUGAGACUUUCUGUCUCAGAGAGCGUAUGUUAAAUGGUAUGAAAGGAUUUGGUGUUCCAGAGCAUAACGGCAUAAGUGUUACUCCAAAUCAUGUUGAAAAGAAAGUGAAAUGAGAAAAAAAAACACUCUGAAAAUGAAUAGCUUUACAGUUCUGUACUGUUAGUAAUACAUUGUACUUAAGGUCGAGACCAUGGGAUUAGAUUAUAACUCCAAAGAUAAACCGCCAAGCAGAUGUAAAACAGGAUAUGACCCAGCCAGUAUGUUGAAAAGGUGCACUGCUAGAAUUCUGACUACAUUGUGCAAAAACAUGUUCCGGAUCCUUACAUCUGCUUUUAUAUCAUUCAAAGACCACUGCAAACAUAUAUGGUUUAUUACAGUUAUCAUACAAUAUGGAGAACAAUGAAAUGUUCUUUGUUUUUCGUCCCUUGUAUAUUAUAUAUAUCAGACCAUUGACAACAGUUUCAAAAAGGUACUUUGCCAGUCUGAAAUGAAAAGAGUGGACUUUGAUGCCACAGGAUGCAGAGAUAGUUUAGUCAGUCAAUUUAUCUCUGUCUACAUAUUUUUGUACUUAACGUUUUAUAAGACUGGUGUUUCAAGAUGUAUUCUUACACAAAAAGGUAUUAAAUGUUUUACUGAAUUUUUUUAUUGCAAAUGAGAAAAAUUGAGAAAUAGUCUGGAAGACGGAAACGGCAUGGGGAAUAGGCAGUUAAAAAACAGGAGUGCUAAAUAAGGGUGGCAUACUAGGAAACACUGAAUUCUUUUUGGGUGUGCCGUCUUUAAACAUUAUCAUCUGAGCAUUACUGCCACCUGGCAAUGAAUGCGUGAACUGCAGCCUACAUUCCCUACUGUAUGUUUCUGUUUAUGAAGGACUGCUACUUGGUUUUCUUCAGUACUAGUGCUAUUGAGAGAGAAAACUAUCAAAUGACUUCAUCUAAAUUUAUGUGAAAUUCUUUCAAAUAUUCUUAAAGAAAAAAUAUUC